UCUUCUUCUCCUCUCCUUCAGAUGGUCACAAGAACAAAGAAAAUAUUUGUAGGCGGAUUAUCAGCUAACACAGUAGUUGAAGAUGUGAAGCAGUAUUUUGAACAGUUUGGCAAGGUAGAAGAUGCAAUGCUUAUGUUUGAUAAAACUACAAACAGACAUAGAGGAUUCGGCUUUGUAACUUUCGAGAACGAGGAUGUGGUGGAAAAGGUCUGCGAGAUUCAUUUUCACGAAAUCAAUAAUAAAAUGGUAGAAUGUAAGAAGGCCCAGCCAAAGGAAGUGAUGUUUCCUCCAGGGACGCGGGGGAGAGCCAGAGGUCUGCCCUACACCAUGGACGCCUUUAUGCUGGGAAUGGGCAUGCUGAGUUAUCCAAACAUUGUAGCAACGUAUGGCCGAGGAUACACUGGUUUCGCCCCAAGCUACAGCUACCAAUUCCCUGGCUUCCAGGCAACAGCGUACGGUCCAGUAGCGGCAGCGGCAGCAGUGGCAGCAGCACGCGGCUCAGGUAGGGGGGCCCGUGGAAGCUGCGGCUACGCAGCAUACCCUCAGAGCACAGGGCCAGGCUUCCCCGAUUACGGUUUCUAUUCCUCGCCAAGUGACCAACGGGGGCCCCCCUUCUCCUUUGCGGACUAUGGCUCCCUGGGCCCCCAGGCGGCUCAGCUGCUGCAAAGCGAGCAUGCCACAUCAGCCUGCAACUCCCCUCUCCAGCACCUGGCCAGCCCGGAUCAGUAUAAGAGCCCAGGCACCAACCCACCCCGGCCUGGAGCCUUUCCUGGAGCCAGCAGUCCCGGGCCAGUGGCUGACCUGUACGGCCCCACCAGCCAGGACUCCGGCGUGGGCAACUACAUUAGCGCUGCUAGUCCCCAGCCCGGCUCUGGCUUUGGACACAGCAUUGCUGGUCCUUUGAUUGCGACAGCUUUUACAAAUGGAUACCAUUGAAACCUAACAGGUGGUUGGUUGCCAUCUCAUUUGAGCAGAGUUUAUCAGGAGGCCCGGGGAAGACUGACCGGAGUUUCUAAUUGGUUCUGUGUACAGGUAAAGGCCAUUAAACUUCAAGCACUACAGCGCUGAAUGGGAAUCUAAAUCUGAGAUGGCGCCACACGAAGAGCAAACCGAAAUAUCAGAAUCAUCUCAGAAAGAAGAAGAAAAAAAACAACUAAACAAUCUGCUGUACUAUACUGAAAACCUGGCUUUUGAAUAUUUUAUCCUAGUGUAGCCCUGACCUUGAAUUAGGAUUAUAUUUUUUCCCCUUUAUUGUUUUUCCUUUUAGAAGCAUUUUUCAUCUUUUAUUGUGUACACGUUGAAUCAACCAACGUUUAUUUGAUUUCUAGAUGUUCUUCGUUGUUCUUGAAUGUUCUCUGAUGAGAGCGACUAUGUAAACAUAAAAUGUUUUUUUUUGUUUUGUUUUUUGAGGUAUAAUAUUCCAAUAGCAGUGUCAUUUCACAGCCCUCGUCUAUCACAUUUUCAGGUUUCAUUUCAUACAAGCAAGAAACCGGAUUGAAAUGACUCGGCUUGAAAAGGUGACAUUUUUAAUUCAAGCCUAAACCGCAAUGAGUGGGUAACUCAAAAAAAAUCUUAGUAGCUCUGUUCUCUGUUUAUUGUGAUGUCUUGUUAACCAUGAUUACCUAUUUUGGGCAAUAAGAGGACUACAAUAUUUUCACAGUCCUUUUUUAUAAAUGUAAUUUUUGUUGUCGAUGAAAAAAAAAAGAGAGAAAAAGCUUUCCUUUUAAUACUUUGUGAAAUGAGAUUUAAAAAGAAAAUAAUUCUGAAACUGUAUAUAUUAUUCUGUUCACUGCAUCAAACUGUUUCUGAGAGAGAACCAUAUUUUUGUGAUGGUGUCAUAGAGGUUGUAUCGUGCGCAAGCCGAAAUAUGUCAGUGCAAAAAUAUCUUCGAGGGUCAAUGCAGUAACUGAGGUCCAUCUGUAGCACAAAGGCCGUGAUUUACCCCAGUACGGACGAAACUCAAUCGAACACUGUUAGCUCGCUUUGUAAAUACCGUCGGCUUUACACCUGUGCAGGUGUCAUACCAGCAUAUGGAUUAGAUAGUACGUUAAAAUGUGCACAGCUUACAGAGAAUAGAGAAUAUACUUUACAAGGUAUACAGAAAUCAGCAUUGUAACAAAAGAAAAAAAAUCGCGACAAAAUCCAAAGCACACAUGAAUUACGAUUUCAAACCGUGUCGAGACAUUUCAUGUUAGCAUUUCAUUUCGCAUUCUAGUAUGAGCUUCUUUUUCCCAACGAGUGUCCAUGUGUGUCGAGAUUUUUACGAUUCGAAUAAAAAAAGGCAAUAUUUCAAAAUGUUUUGAAAUUGCUCUACGAUUAGAAAAAACUAAUCUUUUAUACCAUUACCUCAGUCCUGUGAGAAUUACUUUAAAGGAGAUUACAAAGUAAUUUAUUUUAGCCUGAGACAGAUAUUGAAAAAGAUAUUAAAGUGUUGUUUUGAAAUUAAGUAAAUCAUUGCACUGUGAGAGAGAAUUUAUCAUUUUCUAUUUGCACAUGUGAGCUGACAGUCUCUAACAUGGGUCAUGUGAAGGACCGCUGUGGAAGCCGUUUGUUUCUUUCCACGCAGGAUAACACGAAUCUCGAGUCUUGGCUUGCAUUGAUUCGAAGACUGUACUAUUUUAUUCUAGAAUAUCAGAGAUGACAGAUGAGUUUAUUGGUAGCAAUAGUUCAUUUCCUCAGAAACACUGAAACCAGUAGCUGCUACACACAUUUGUUGUUCAUGUGGGGACUGGAUUUGAUGAGACACAAAUGGCAUUUAGAAAUAUGAAUUGACUGAUGCUGUUAUUCGAUCUUGUUGAAAUUUUUUUAUUUUGGUUUAUUUAAUUUGUUUUGUUUGUUUUUUGUUCAUUUCACUAAACUAACAGGUGAGGCAGAAUGCUGGAUUCUUUCUCAAGAAGGAGACGUGAUAAAAGUAAUACGAUUUUAAAAAAUAAGUCUAGAAGAACUUUGUGCUAACUGUUUGAGCUGUUUUAAAAAAGACAAACGUACAACAACAAAAAAGCAAGAAAGAAAAUUAUCCCGAACAUGUUUUGAAUUUAAUGGAUGGAUUUUUAUCAAUAUUUUUGUGGAUGUUAAUGAUUAUACUAAAUAUAACAAUGACAAUAAUACAGAUAUUAUGUACUGUAUUUUAUCAAUUGUUUCUCUUCAUUCCCUGUCACCUCAUUCAGUAAUCUUAUGUUGAUCAUUGUAUUUCAGUAGUGUGUAAAAAAAAAACAGAAAAAGAAAAAAAAACAGGAAUAUGACUUUACCUUGUAAAAGAGUGCUGUCUUGAUACCAGUGUAGUGGUCUAUACACUUCUUGGUUGGUAUUUUUCACAUCCCCCCCACUCUCCUUUUGUCGUUUUGCCCUUUCUCUAUAUCUCACUCUCUCUUUAGUGAGUAGUUGUAGGUGUUAUGUACUUAAUGUUAAGAUGUAGAGGUAUUCAUUAGCAAUUGUAGGACCAGUAAGGAUAGAACUUUCUCUUUAUAAUCAUUUAAAGACAAAAAGACAAAACAUGCUGAGCGUUAUUUUCAUAGUAAUUUUUCCUUUUUUUUUCUUCUUCUUUUUUAUUCCACUGUUUUGCUGGUCUCAUAUGGUUUCAACUAACCAAAGCUCUCACUGAUGAAAUCUAGGAGAAAGAAAUUGCUGUACGACAGAAUUGUAAUCAAGGCAUUAAUUGGAUCCCCACCCUUGAAUGUUUUAAAAGGGGUGUGCCAUACUACCUUAAAUGCUAACGCUAGAUAUGCAAAACCGUUUUACUUUCAUUCUUUUUUUAAGAGGGACACGAGCUAUAAUUGUGAAGAGGAUGAUUUUAUUAGGUGAAUGAAAAAUUCAUAAAUAUUUUUUUAGUAAGUUCUAACAAAGUAAUGAUGAUGAUAUAGCCUAAUCAGUAUAGAUAUGGAUAAAACUGUAAUAGGUUUUUGAUAUUUAUACUCUUCAAAAAAUAUCCCAGUGGCCUACAGCGCUACUUUUUGUUUUUUUUAUGUAUACUUUUUUGGGGGGAUUUUAUUUUUAUGCCUAGAUUAAUACAUACUUUAGUUUUGAGUCACCCGUAACAUACAAUAUGAUUGUUUUUGUAAUUUUUAAUUGCAUUGCCAGCUUUUCAUUUGAAUUCAGCAUUCCUACAUUCAAUACCAGACAGCAUCAUUGUCUGUUCUGAUGUCACGAUAAUUAGCUUGACUUUAGUGUAAAUCUAGUGUCACUCUGAAUCUGUAUUCCUGAAUCACAUCUGUUCUCAGGGAUAUCAAACAUGAGCCAAUGUACCACCUUCACUGGGGAGAUUGCUAUGCUACUAGUGAGUUACGAUCAGCACAGCACAACUUUUAAUGAAAGGUGGUUUCUAACUGAAGUUUAUUCAAUACAUUUGAGCGAAAUAAAAAGGUGCUGUCGGGAUGAACCGUGCACAGCAUUUUCUUACUGAAGACAUCUUUUUAAACUGCAACAAUAAGUGGUUAGUUGUUCUUAGUUGGAUGUCUCUUUCUUAACAAGUUGAGUAUCCAGCAUCCAUUUAGGUCUUCAUACACAUUUAGAUGGUCUGCGAUUAAACAUCUGAAGGCAAAUGUUUAACAGCAGAUGAAGCACAUUUCCCUUCUGCUGUCAAAUAAGUGCAUGAUUCGGUGACUCUUGAUUAAAAUGAAGGCUGGCAACCUUUUUAAACAGUCUUUUCCAUUCGCAUCGGUUAGCUUACCCUGUUUUUUUUUCUUUUCUGUUUUCUUCCUUAAUUUGAUCUCGUAGCUUGGACUUUAAGGUAGCAUGGCUCUGUUGCCAUCAUUUUGUUUUCCAUGGACAGCAGUUUACAGCGGAUGAAUGUUACACAUCUUGCUAGACUAGUUAAAUCAUUGGAAAAUUGUUGGUUUAA